GAGAGAGAGAGAGAGGAGAUUUCUCCCCGGCGGUCCCUCCCCAUCUACCUGAUAAGGGCUCCUUAUCUCCCAGCCGAGCAGCGCCUCCGGGUCGGGGUGCAAGGGGCGGGCCCGGCCCCAGGGGUGCGUGCGUGUGGGGAGCAAGCGGCCCAGGUGCCAGAGGCAGGAAUGGGGGGUCCCGGGCGCCCCCCCCUCCUCCUCCUCCUCCCGCUGGGGGGCUUCCUCCUCCUCCUCUCCCUCGCCAGCCUGCGCCUACCAGAUCCCCCGCUCUCCGCCUGCCUCUCGGGGGGCCGGCCCUGCCGCUGGUUCGGAGGGACCCCCGCCCACAAAGAGGGACCGGAGAAGCUGCUGCUGCCACCUGUUCCCACCCCCACAAAGGCGCACGAUGCUCCCCAAGAAGCGCACGAGGCUCCGUCCGCACCGCCCGUCUGCACCCCAUCCCUGCAGGGCUCCGGGUUCCGCAUCCAGGACAUGCAGAGCGCCUUCCUGGCCAGCCUCACGCCGGACGGAGAGGUCCUCCUCCAGGAAUACCUCCAGGGAUGGAAGGAGCUCAUCAAGUUCAUGGACUCUCUGGGCACGGCCUUUGGCCUGAUUUCCCGGGAGACGUGGAGCAAGAUCUCGGUCCUGGAGCAGCACCGGGCGGGCCGGCACGGGUCGCACUACCGCUCCGUGCAGGCCAUGGUGGCCUACGAGCUGGGCCGGGGCCUGGUGGACUUUGGCCGGUCCCAGCCGCGGCCCGCUGCCCGCUUGCCCUCCGGCUGCCGGACGCUGCUGCGGCUCCACCGGGCCCUGAAGUGGCUGGAGCUCUUCCUGCACAAGCUGGGGGGCGGGGAGGGCGGGGAGGGGUCCCGGGAGGCCUCCCAGAUGUGCGCGGAGGCCUACCAGGCGGCCCUGGCCCCUUUCCACAGCUGGUGGGUGCGGCAGGCGGCCUCCCUGGCCUUCCUGGCCAUGCCCUCCCGCCAGGAGCUCCUGAGCAACAUCUGCGCCAACGAGGGGCCGCGCCAGGCCCGGGGGGUCCUCCGCCACACCGUCCGCAGCAUCGCCCGCGUCUACAACGCCACCCAGGUGGUCUACGCCGGACGAGGGAUGCUGGACCUGCCCUGAAGGCAGGCACGUGGGAACCCUCCGAGUUGCAGUCUUACAAGAGGGAGGGAUAGCCACACUCGGGGCCAACUUCGGCCCUCCCUCCAGGUGUUUUGGACUUCAACUCCCACAAUUCCUAAUAGUCGUUGAGACAAUUCCUUCUCCUGCCCUUCUCCGUGGAAGGCGUAAAACUGAAGGAGAUGAUGACGUGGGUGUGCAGAUGAUCCCUUGAUGGACUAAAUGUUUAGUUCCAAGAAGACAAAGGCAUGGGCCAACUUCGGCCCUCCCUCCAGGUGUUUUGGACUCCAACUCCCACAAUUCCCAGCAGCUGGUUUUU